CGUACGACCUUGUUGUUGUUGAUGUUUAAUUUGAGUGCGGCUGCGCACUGCCCAACGCUUUCGCCGUUGCCGCCGCUUCGCACACAGCUUGGCAGAAAAAAAACUGACUGACUGGAAACGGGAUCGUUUCUGCGGCCUCACGGUCAUAUUAUUCAGGAGGCGGAGCUGCAUAUUUACCUUAAUCUUAGCUUCGCUCUGACCAACCUUAUCCGUAUGUGAUCGCCCUACCUCAUCGUCGCGCACUGCCAGCGAGGGCCAAGGAACAACAUAGCAUAUCGCCAUUAUAUGACCCAGUAUCCAGUGUUACUUGUACCCUCCAUGUGGGUGAAGGAACUGUGUGUGUCAGAUUAUGGCGAGAAAAACAGUUAGCAGGAAAAGGAAGGCAGGAGAGCCGAAGGACCAACAACAGCUGGGCUGGUGUCAAGCGCCACAGAAGCGGAUCCGCAUUUCUUGUUCGUCGCGGCAUGCUCAGGAGUGGUGCGGCAGUCGGCGCUCCGUUGUGUGCGCUCUCCGUGGACGGGAGUUCAGGCCCCAGCAGCAGCAUGAGUUGCGGCUCCAACGGUGCCUGCGUGGCUUCGCGGCCGGCAGGCUCCCUGGGAUCCUCAAGGAGAGGGAGUUUUCUCUGGGACGGCUGAACAAGGUGUUUGCUUCGCAGUGGCUCAACCAUAGACAGGUGGUGUGUGGGACCAAGUGCAACACGCUUUUUGUCGUUGAUGUCCUGACGGGGAAAAUAACACGCAUUCCAAUGCUGAAGGACAGGGAGUGUAGUGAUGCAGGCUCUGGGACAGUGGGUGCUAUGACGACAGGGCGGCAAUAUCUCCCAACAGGGGGCUCUCAAGCCCGGUUGGACCAGCAGGGCUGUGGCAUACAUGCAAUUGAACUCAAUCCCUCAAAAACUCUGCUUGCCACUGGAGGAGAUAACCCCAAUAGCUUAGCCAUCUACCAGCUGCCAACACUGGACCCUGUUUGUGUUGGAGAUGAUGGUCACAAUGACUGGAUUUUCUCCAUAGCGUGGAUCAGUGACACCAUGGCUGUUUCUGGGUCCAGAGACGGCUCCAUGGGUCUGUGGGAGAUCACAGAGGAGGUAAUCAGUCAGUCUGAGAGGAGUCCGAGUGACGACACGGUACCGUCUUACGCGCACAUCUCCCACCGUGCCCUGAAAGACAUUCCCAAGGAGUAUACCAACCCAUACAACUGUAAAGUCCGUGCUCUGGCCUUCAAUAACACCCAUAAAGAGCUGGGUGCCGUGUCCUUGGAUGGUUAUUUUCACCUCUGGAAAGCAGAGCAUAAUUUGUGCAAGAUACUGUCCACCAAGCUGCCUCACUGCAAAGAGAAUGUGUGUUUAGCAUAUGGACAGGACUGGUCCGUGUACGCUGUCGGUUCUCAGGCCCAUGUUUCCUUUCUGGAUCCACGCCAGCCUACCCACAACAUCAAGUCUGUUAGUUCUCGAGAGAGAGGAAGCGGGAUUCGAUCCGUGAGCUUCUAUGAGCACAUUGUGACUGUGGGCACCGGUCAAGGUUCUCUCCUCUUCUACGACAUCCGGGCUCAUAGGUUCCUGGAGAACCCUUUCAAUCCAUCCAGUGGGUAUCGGAAGGGUGCCCCAGAUGGCAUCCUUAAGCUAACCACAGGGAAAGGCUGGCUGAAUCACGAUGAAACAUGGAGGAGUUACUUCUCAGACAUUCAUUCCUUCCCCAACGCUGUGUACACUCACUGCUAUGACGACUCUGGUACCAAGCUGUUCGUAGCCGGUGGGCCGCUCUGCUCUGGCCUGCACGGAAACUACGCUGGACUGUGGAGUUAGCCUCUUCCUCUCCUCGUCAAUCAGCUCCUUCCCUACGUCUCCAUCGUUCUACAGAAAUCCCUCCAUCUUACUCGCUUAAGUUCAUCUACAUCAACUUCAUUGGGAUCUGUUUUGAUCAGCAGGUCAUCUGUUUUGCUCACACUUGGACUCAGGAGCAUGGUGUUUCAUAAUUUAACGUCGUUGCUGUGUAUAUUUGUGUCCACUUUUAUGUUCUCAUCUUCCCCAAAUAACCCCUUUCACCUUUUAUCUGUUUUCCCCCGCCCCCCUUUUUUUUAUUUAUAUAUAUAGGCAUAUAUAUAAAUAUAAAUAGAUAUGUAUAUAAAAUGUACAAUUAACUAAUAAUUUAAAGAGCUACAAAGUCUGCCACUGAGAAACUCAGAGUUUUGAAAAACAUUAAGAAUAAAAAUAUUCAUUUUAGCAUCAUUAAUACAUUCACAUCCAACCUGCAGGGAUUACGCUGUGGUCUUUUGCUCACUUAUUUUUGUACUCAAGGAUAGUGUUAACUGCUGCUUUCUCUGUGAUAAAUAAGUGUAUUUGUAAAAAAAAAACUAAAAAAAAACCCAAAACAAAAAAAAAUUUGAAUUCACUCGAAAUAGUUUUUCCUUCUUUCGCUUAAAUGGACAGCAAUAAUGACUGAAGGAUUACUGAUGCCAUUCCUGUCGAUGGACCGAGCACGAGUGCAGUUUGACAUCUGAGAACAAUCAACACUUGCAAAGUACUUCUUUCCUCUGCUCUCAGAAGUAAAACAAAGAACCGGAUCAAGUGAGAGAUUUCUUUUUUUCCUUCUUCCUCUUAUCUUCACUGAGAUGAUGUAAAGGAGAAAAAUCGUGUUAGAAUUGAUAAGCGCAGUGUUAUUGCUCUGCUAGGACGUAAUAUAGAAAUAACUUUCUUUUUUUUUUCUCCACUUUGAUCCAACUGGCGAUCCCAUGCUGAUGAUCUAUUUUACUUCAUUUGUAUUUAUUUUGCCUUGUCGACUUCAUUUUGUUGGUCAGGAUUGUUCAUCUUGCUUCUAAAGGAUGAUGGUUUUGAUAGCAUGAUCAGAUAGGAUCCAUCGGGAACAGUUUCUCAGAAGUGAUGCAAAGAAAGCUCAUUAUGUUUGGAAAUUCUCCUGGCGCAUAUAUAUUUAUAUAUAUAUAUUUUCUCUCAUAGCCACUCGCCCGCUCUUUUAACAAGCCGUGAGUGGCUAUGCUUCCCCUUGUUAUAAGUAGAAUCAGGGUUGGCUUCAGCUAAUGUCUUUGCCUUCCUGAAAUCUUUCUGUGAAAGACGGCCACAGAGUUAAUCAUCUGUUUCCUUUUCUACAAGAAAUGAAACAAUUCUGACCAAGUAUUGACUAAACAACCAACACUUUAAAGUGUAUUUUAUAUAAAUAUAUAAAUGUGUAUAUGUGUGUUCGUAAAAGAAAAAAAAUGCAUUAAGGACAGUUGCGGGCAUUUUCUGUGUACGCCUGAGAAAUUGUGUGGAUUGAUCCGUCUCCCUGGUGACAUUUUUUUUUUUUUUUUUUAUAUACAAGCCUCGUGAAUGUUUUUACAAAUGACUGAAAACAGGAAAUUGUAAGCUAUAAACACUUGGGGAUAUAAAUCUAAUUCUUUAAAAAGGAGUAAAUAAUACAAUAAAAUGUAUAUUGAUGUA